AUGAUCAGGAAAAAGUCCGGGGAGCCUGUCAGGUCGUCGCUGAAAGGAUCGCGUCCCAAGCUUCGCGCGGACUUAUCCAUCGUCACCACCGGCUUGGAUAUCCAGACAAGCAAGAGCGAGCCUACGACGCCAAACAAGUCCGUUCACUUCGACUCGAAGCUUGAACACGUCAGACUCUUCAUCGCUGCGCAAAAACCACUGGCAGUCUCAGUCGAUGGGAGCCCUACGGAGGACACGAGCGGGACGGAAAGCGACUUCCCGUCUUUCAUAUUUGGCGACUCGGUGCGACCGGUCCCCGUCGUCAUGCAGCUGUCGAACAUGCCGCCUAUCAUCAAUGUGCACUCCGACGUAGCUUUGGAGGAACUCAAGAUGUCGCCGAGCAGUCUGGACAUCGUGGGCUCUGCCCGAGUGCGGAAUUUAGCGUUCGAAAAGCGGGUAGCCGUCCGCUUCACCUUCGACGCAUGGCAGACGACGAGCGAAGUUACGGCGAAAUUUAUAUCCUCCAUUGGCGACCGCUUCGACCGAUUCGGCUUCACUAUCCGUCUAAGCGACAUCAUGUCUCGGGUCGAGGGGAAGACGCUAGUCCUUGCGCUUCGGUACAGCGUCGAUGGGCGGGAUAUAUGGGACAACAACGGUGGUGGCAACUACGUGGCGACUUUCAAGAAGGCGCCACUUGCGCCGCGCGCCAAGACGAAGAUCGAGGAGUUGUCGAGCGAGAGCGACGUUGCCGUCUUGCAGGAGAAGUUGGAAACCGUGGUGCGCAAGCGGGAUUGUGCUACGACGGCCGGUGCCACCUUUAUGUCCAAGCAGUCCAGCGAGCCUACAACUCUUCGCCAGCUGCCGCCCUCACUAUCUGCGCGCUACGACUUCAGCAACUCCUGGCGAAACUCCUGGAGCGGCGCUUCCUCAUCCCAAACAGAGGCCUAUGGGCGCAGGCACUCACCAACAAACGUCUCAUCGAUCCAAUGGCCCGCGAAGCAGGCAGAGAAGAAGGCCUCCGCUUUGUCGGGCAAGCCCCUGCUGGGCUCCCCGCGUGAGCCCGACUGGAUGGGCUCGACAGUGUCUUCGAACGCACUCACGAAUCCGGAGCUACGCGAUCCUGAUGCGAUGAACACGCCGGGCGGCACACCGCGCCGGCACCAGCGUGGCUACUUCGACUAUGUGAGCCCGCUGGACAACACCACGCUGCGCCGCACGCCACCGGGGACGCCCAAGUUGUGGUCGCUGGAUGACCUGACGCCGGUGUCGAGCCCCAAGCUCGCUUUUGGGGGGAUCGAGAGGGCGAGUGAGGGCAGGAGUGAUAUGUUUUCUCCGCCGCCGCUGCUGACGGUGUCGUCGUCGGAUAUGGCGCUGGGCACGGCAUUCUUCCCGGCGCUGCAGAGGAUGGGAAGCACGGAGAGUGAUGCGUCGACCUCGUCGAUCCUCUCCGGCGAUGAAUCAACGCCGUCCAUUGUUUCCCCGUCGUCAGGGUCGUCGCGCUCGUCAUCGCCUUGCCCGUCAGACACGUCUAUCACGAGCCCCCACGAGGACUAUAGCCAGUUCUUGAAUCGGUUUUGUUUUUUCACUGGUGAUUCAUCCUCGUCACCGCUUCGGCCGCCCGUGCUGGCGAGGUCUUCGUCUUCUUCAUCAGUCUCGUCGAGCGGAAGUUCACAGUCGGUGGCGCUCUCGGCUUCUAGCUCGACGACGACUAUUACGCCUACGCCUUCGACGGCUUGCCUCGCUUCGGCGGAUGAUAUUCAUAAUUUCUCCACCCCUCGCAUCGCCUUUACGCCGCCUCCUGCGCCGGCGAGUAUCUCCACCUAG